AUACAAUUUAGCAUUGUCAUCAAAGUAUUGGGUGUGGCUGCAGACAUCUUGCAGUGACGUAUCGCUCAGUGUGCUUCCAUUGGUUUUGUCUGAACAGCGAGAAGAAGCAGGGUAGAGUUGCAUGGGUGUCGCAGUUCAAUAGCCAACUUCAUAGUCAACCAGCACGAACAUCAUGGCAGCCAUGGUACAGGAAAUAAAAGAAAGAUUCGACAAGUUUCUUCAUGAAAAGAAUCUUAUGACCGAUACAUUGGCAAAGAUCGAAGCUAAAACUGGAGUAAACAGGGCCUAUAUCGCAAUUGGUAAGUAUUUUGCUGUUAUGAGAUGGGGGGGAGCACAAGGGAUCUUUUUAUUGAAAAGAAAAUGAGGGUAUGCUGUAAGAGUUCUGGUAACGCAGCCUGCAUCGGUCGUGGCACAGUUUGUUCUCUUGACAAAUUAAGUCAAGAUUCUGAUCAAAUAGAUUGGACGUUUUGAUUGUUUAUGUCAAUAAAAUACGUUUUAUGAGUAUACACCCAUUUUCUUUUUUACUAGAUGAUAUUUAGACAAUCACUUACAUUAAUGGAUGACAAAUAUCUGUAGCCAAUAGGCUAAUACACUGAUAUUAUCUUGCAGCCGUCGUCGUCUUUCUCGCAAUUUACCUGGUUAUUGGGUAUGGAGCCUCCCUACUGUGUAACCUCAUCGGAUUUGCUUAUCCAGCCUACAUAUCGUAAGUUUUUUUCUUCUCUUUAAUUAGUCAUUUAGGACAGCAAUCAAUGUGUGAAUUGUUACUGCCCUGUUAUCAGCAGAACAAUUUAAUGAAUUGCGUCAUAUCUGACCCGCCCUACCCCGUUCCUGUGCCUCACGCACAACAUCACUAUGCUAUUUCAACAUUGGCAACAGAAAUCAAGGCCCAACGGGGAAUCAGUCACCCACCUUGCACGGAGAGAGCCUAUUUGUUUUGUGAAUAAUUGUAAACAAAUGUAGCUUGAUGGGUGUUACCUAUGUAGUUCUACAGUAGCCCAUGUUGAGGAAUAAUGUCUGGGUCCAAUGUACAUGUUUACCUUGCCGUUAGCUUGAGAGUCAGGAUUCUCUGAAUGGCACUGGUAAAAUACUCAGCAAUGUGCCAGCAUCUUCUUACUCCAAGUUGUUACGUAAUAACUAAGGUCCAAUUGUAGACAAUUUUGUCUGUAGGUCGGGUGUGGAUUUGAUAUCACCUCCCCCCCCCCCCCCAUGUUCACGCCUCCGCGGAAAUGUAAUUAGCGCAAUACAAAAAUCUCCAUAUAAAUCUGUCAAUUUAAGUUAGAGAUGUUUUUUUGCAUUGUUGCACAAUGUUACACUUCCGCAUCUGCGGUGAAAGGUGAGACAUCCUGCAAAUCUGUCACAAAAUCGCCUGUAGCGUCCGAACGGUUUGGGCUAUAGGACAGACACUUCAGAACAAACUUCCUUUUUCAUUUUAUGGGGAACUAUCUGUUGUUCCAUGUAGUGAAUCUGUUAUUCAAAGCGUUUGUAUGGGCUAAUUGCAGUAGGGCCAAAAAUAUUUAUUCAUCAAAUAUUUUGUUAUUAUUCAUUUUUGAUACUUUAAGGGUUCUUUUAAAAUUAUAAAUCAAAUAGCAAAAUGAUCCUUGUAUGACUUUCUUAAAACAAUUCCACAUAGCUUAGUAGAACCCCUCCCCCAGUUUACAGGUCUUAGACUGUUAUGUGACUGACUGUACACUUUUGGUGUGGCUGAUCUAAUCAAACUCAUCUAUGAAUUAUAUCAAAUCACUCCUCAGUGUGAGGAGAUUAUAUUUCCUCCCAAACACACUUACCGUACAGCAGUCUAUGGAUCUGCAAUGAGGACAAUAUUUUAGUUACUCGACAUGUUGGCCGAAAUGUGGGCAAAGCAGCCAUGAUUCUGUUGAGGCUACUGCUCUUGUUCAGUGUUGCAAGAGACUGAGCAGUGAGCACAGAGAGGAAUAUCCUGAGAUACCCAUGCUUAACCACAGAAACAAAACACAAGUGACUCAUAGUCAUUUCAGUUGGUCCCAACCACAGUUGCCUCUUGUGAUUAACUCUGCGUGUCUGGACAAAGUUAAAUUGAACUCUGACGUAUAGCGUUAUCCUCAUGCAACAAGUUAUUUGAUUCAAUUCAUAACUUAUUUAGAUAUGGAUCAGUCUACAAACAGCAGCACAUAGUGAAACAAUGCGAAUGCUGUUCAAAUAUUAAAUGGAACACUCAGACUCUUUGGCAUGCAAAACGUUGACACAAGACUUACAAUUUGCUCUGCACUCCCACUCCUGAGUCAAAAUAUUACCAUGGAAACCUAGUUGCCAGGCCUUAUGGUAUCUAUUAUGUUCUUCUUUCUUUAGCCUGUAACUUGACAGCCUGGCUAUUCUUUCCCAAAUAUAAAAUCAAUACGAGUCCGUGUUUGUGUUAUGAAAUCUGCUAAGUGUGUUCAUGUCAUCUUGCAUAAUACUUUGCCAUUAUGCUUUUACGCAUCCAAUCGCUAAAAUGGACUCGUCCAUUAAUUGCAGGAUCAAAGCCAUUGAGAGUGAAACCAAAGAUGACGACACAAAAUGGCUGACCUACUGGGUGGUGUACGGAGUGUUCAGCGUGGCGGAGUUCUUUGCCGACAUCUUCCUGUCCUGGUUCCCAUUUUACUACAUGGGAAAGGUAAUGCAUACUGGUGUUUGUUUGUCCUUGACCUCAAGGUCCUGAAGUACAGCAGUUUCCUAAUCUUUGAUACUAUUUGGUGAGAUUAACAUUGAGAGCAUGAUGUGCUGUGUACAUAAACCAUUCCCUCAUUUGUCAAACAAACGGUCCUGCUAUUGUGAAACCUUCUGCACACAGUUACCAACAUCCAAACACACCCCAUAAUUAAAUAAUUGGCCAAAAUAUUUUCAGCCUCCAAAAGGUGUGAAUUCUUAAAAUAAAUCACACUUACAGUGCCUUCAGAAAGUAUUCACACCCCUUGACUUUUUCCACAUUUUGUUGUUACAAAUUGGGUUUAAAAUGGAUAUGUAAUUUUUUGUCUACGAUCUGCACAAAAUACUCUAAUGUCAAAGUGGAAGAAAAAUGCAAAAAUGUGUAAAACAAUUAAUGAAAAAUAAAACACUAUCUUGUAUUGCUGAGCGAUUUAACCGAAAUUUCGGUUAUUUUUCGUUUUUUAAACAACUGAUUUACUGAUGUCUGUUCAAUAAUUAGAAUUCCAUUUUGUUCCUUUUUUUCUUCUCAGAGCUAUAUCAGAUCAACAGGCCAAUAUUCUACAUAGUUUAGCGCAUAAAACGUGGUAAUUAACUACAAUGACCAUAAUCCAUUGCUAAAUCUACUUGUCCGGUCUGUUUCUUUUACACCUGCUACAGAAGAGACCGAAGAAUGCGUGAUUGUGAGCGGUAUCAGGUAUCUCUACCUGAAAAUACAUGAUCUAAGUCAGGGGUGUCAAACUCAUUUUAGCUCAGGGGCCACAUGGAGGAAAAUCUAUUCCCAAGUGGGCCGGACCGGAAAAAUCAUGGUGUGUGUAUAUAUAUAACUUAAAAACAACAACUUCAGAUUGUUUUCUUUGUUUUAAUACGAUCAACAUACAACAUAAAGCUGGAACCUGAGGACAGUGUGUCCAAAAUAGUACAAGCACAACAUCACUAUUAAUCAUAAAACACGUCAAGUUUAUUUGAAAAUUCUAAAGAAAAAGAACACACAAACACACAAUGCCUCAGUGAUUAACAGAACUGUUUCACAGAUCACAGAACUAUAUCAGGGUGUCAUUUCUCAGUCAGAAAUGUAGAUAAAAAUAAUGAAAUCCUGUUCCCCAAACAAGUGCAAGAACCACAGAGUCAAGAAUAGGUUAAAUAUACAAAUAAAAUAAAAUCAAUUAAAAACAAUAGCACAUCAACAUAAAAACAUAUAAACAUAAAGCUGGAGCCUGAGGACAGUGUCCAAAAGCACAACAUCACUAUUAAUCAUAAAACACCUCAAGUUAUUUGAAAGUUCUGAGGACAAAGAACACACAAACACACAAUGCCUCAGUGAUUCACAGAAGUAUAUCACAGAACUAUAUCAGGGUGUCAUUUCUCAGGCAGAAAUGUAGAUAAAAAUAAUGAAAUCCUGUUCCCCAAACAAGUGCAAGAACCACAGAGUCAAGAAUAGGUUAAAUAUACAAAUAAAAUAAAAACAAUAGCACAUCAACAGAAAAACAUAUAAACAUAAAUCUGAAAGCAUUGCUCAAACUCCCGUAACAGUCCCGUUAUCUUAUCUUUGAACCGCUUCAUGUCUGCCACAUGUUGGGUCGCGCACACAUUUUUCAGACAGGGGAAGUGAGCGGCAUCACCACCGGCAAGUUGCGUCUCCCACAAUGACAGCUUCAACUUGAAAGAACGUAUGCUGUCAUAAUACUGCGUGACAACUUUGUUGCGCCUUUGCAGCUGUUUGUUCAAGUUAUUCAGGUGCUCUGUAACAUCCACCAUAAAUGCAAGGUCCUGCAUCCAUUCUGCUGAAUGAAAUUCUAACACUGGUUUGCCCUUUUCUUCCAUGAACUGUUCAAUUUCUUCUCGUAAAUCAAAGAAACGCCUCAGCACAGCACCUCGGCUUAACCAUCUUACCUCAGUGUGGUAUGGCAGGCCAUAGAUGUGGUCUUUCUCUCUGAGAAGGCUGUCAAACUGACAGUGAUUCAGGCUUCUGGAUCGGAUGAAAUUAACAGUUUGGAUGACCACCUUCAUGACGUUAUCCAUCUUUAAUGACUUGCAACACAAAGCCUCCUGGUGCAAAAUACAGUGAAAAGUCAAAAAAUCACGUCCUCCAUUUGCAGAUUGCACUUUCUCUCUGAACUUUGUCACAACGCCUGCUUUUUUCCCGAUCAUUGAGGGCGCACCAUCUGUAGCCAGGCUGACAGCGCGGGACCAGUCCACUCCGACCCUGUCCAGCGCGCCGACGAGUGCGGUAAAAAUAUCAGCUGCUGUCGUUGUAUCUGUCAUCGGCACCAACUCCACGAACUCCUCGGUGACGGUCAAUGUGUCAUCAACUCCGCGGAUGAAAAUGGCCAGUUGUGCAACAUCUGUAAUGUCCGUGCUUUCAUCAAUUGCAACCGAAAACGCAAUAAAUGACUUUACUUUUUGCUUCAACUGGCUGUCCAAAUCCACUGAAAGAUCGGAAAUCCUGUCUGCAACUGUGUUUCUUGUCAGGCUGAUAUUUGCAAAAGCCUGCCGCUUUUCAGGGCACACAAUCUCCGCUGCCUUCAUCAUGCAUGUUUUUACAAAUUCACCCUCACUAAAUGGUUUUGAAGCCACUGCGAUUUCAUUAGCAAUGAGGUAGCUAGCUUUCACUGCAGCGUCACUGAUGUCUCGGCUGUGAGUAAACACAGACUGCUGUUUCUUCAGACCCGCCAACAGUUCAUUCACCUUCUCUCAUCUCCGCUGUCCUUGAAAGUUGUCAUAUUUGUCGGCAUGAAGACUCACAUAGUGGCGACGAAGGUUAUAUUCUUUCAGCACUGCAACAUGCUCUGAACACACCAAACAUACAGCUUUCCCAUUCAAUUCUGUGAAUAAAUAGGAUGACAAUUUUUCUUGGAACACUCUGCACUCUGCGUCCACUUUUCUCUUUUUUGACAGAGACAUAUUGGGGCAAUGAGGGUGCCAAAGCACAUAAUGUUAAAAGUAGAAGCCGUAAUAAAUAUCGCGGGCAAAACAAAGUAGCUCAUUGGCUGCACGUGCUUGACCUACUUGCUCUGCCCGGGUAUAAACAGUUUGCUUGCUUAACACAAUUGCUAUUGCGCCAUCCAGUGGACGCAAUUGGAACAGCAGUUUAUUUUAUUGAAAAAUUGCAGCGCAUUUUUAUACUUUACAAAAUUAUUAUUAUUAUUAUUUUUUUCUUUUUUUUUUUUCUUCAAAAUCAUCUCGCGGGCCGGAUUAAACCCGUUUGCGGGCCUGAUCCGGCCCGCGGGCCGGACGUUUGACACCCCUGAUCUAAGUGAUUGAUAGUUGGUGUUCAGCAGUAAUGAAAGUGUGCCAUAUUUAGUUUGAAGAACUACAAAAUAGUGAUUUUGUCAGACAGUCUAUAGAGAUGAGAUGAUGACUUGGAAUGAAAUACAGUUGAAGUCGGAAGUUUACAUACACUUAGGUUGGCGUCAUUAAAACUUGUUUUUCAACCACUCCACAAAUUUCUUGUUAACAAACUAUAGUUUUGGCAAGUCGGUUAGGACAUCUACUUUGUGCAUGACACAAGUCAUUUUUCCAACAAUUGUUUACAGACAGAUUAUUUCACUUAGAAUUCACUGUAUCACAAUUCAAGUGGGUCCGAAGUUUACAUACACUAAAUUGACUGUGCCUUUAAACAGCUUGGAAAAUUCCAGAAAAUGAUGUCAUGGCUUUAGAAGCUUCUGAUAGGCUAAUUGACAUAAUUUGAGUCAAUUGAAGGUGUACCUGUGGAUAUAUUUUAAGGCCUACCUUCAGACUCAGAGCCUCUUUGCUUGACAUCAUGGGAAAAUCAAAAGAAAUCAGCCAAGACCUCAGAAAAAGAAUUGUAGGGUCUGGUUUAUCCUUGGGAGCAAUUUCCAAAUGCCUGAAGGUACCACGUUCAUCUGUACAAACAAUAGUACGCAAGUAUAAACACCAUGGGACCACGCAGCCGUCAUACCGCUCAGGAAGGAGACGCGUUCUGUCUCCUAGAGAUUAACGUACUUUGGUGCGAAAAGUGCAAAUCAAUCCCAGAACAACAGAAAAGGACCCUGUGAAGAUGCUGGAGGAAACGGGUACAAAAGUAACUAUAUCCACAGUAAAACAAGUCCUAUAUCGACAUAACCUGAAAGGCCACUCAGCAAGGAGAAGCCACUGCUCCAAAACCGCCAUAAAGCCAGACUACGGUUUGCAACUGCACAUGGGGACAAAGAUCGUACUUUUUGGAGAAAUGUCCUCUGGUCUGAUGAAACAAAAAUAGAACUGUUUGGCCAUAAUGACCAUUGUUAUGUUUGGAGGAAAAAGGGGGUUGCUUGCAAGCCAAAGAACACCAUCCCAACCGUGAAGCAUAGGGGUGGCAGCAUCAUGCUGUGGGGGUGCUUUGCUGCAGGAGGGACUGGUGCACUUCACAAAAUAGAUGGCAUCAUGAGGAAGGAAAAUGAUGUGGAUAUAUUGAAGCAACAUCUCAAGACAUCAGUCAGGAAGUUAAAGCUUGGUCGCAAAUGGGUUUUCUAAAUGGACAAUGACCCCAAGCAUAUUUCCAAAGUUGUGGCAAAAUGGCUUAAGGACAACAAAGUCAAGGUAUUGGAGUGGCCAUCACAAAGCCCUGACCUCAAUCCUAUAGAACAUUUGUGGGCAGAACUGAAAAAGCGUGUGCGAGCAAGGAGGCCUACAAACCUGACUCAGUUACACCAGCUCUGUCAGGAGGAAUGGGCCAAAAUUCACCCAACUUAUUGUGGGAAGCUUGUGGAAGGCUACCCGAAACCGUUUGACCCAAGUUAAACAAUUUAAAGGCAAUGCUACCAAAUACUAAUUGAGUGUAUGUAAACUUCUGACCCACUGGGAAUGUGAUGAAAGAAAUAAAAGCUGAAAUAAAUCAUUCUCUCUACUAUUAUUCUGACAUUUCACAUUCUUAAAAUAAAGUGGUGAUCCUAACUGACCUAAGACAGGGAAUUUUUUACUGGGAUUAAAUGUCAGGAAUUGUGAAAAACUGAGUUGAAAUGUAUUUGGCUAAGGUGUAUGUAAACUUCCGACUUCAGCUGUAAUAAAGUCAAGGGGCCUCCCGAGUGGCGCAGCGGUCUAAGGCACUGCAUCUCAGUGCAUGAGGCGUCACUACAGACCGAGUGGCGCAGCGGUCUAAGGCACUGCAUCUCAGUGCUUGAGGGCGUCACUACGGACCGAGUGGCAGCAAGCCGUCUAAGGCAUGCAUCUCAGUGAAUGAGGCGUCACUACAGACCAGUGGCGAGAGGUCUAAGGCAAUGCAUCUCAGGGCUUGAGGCGGUCACUACACCCCCCCCCCCCCCCCUGAACGAGUGGGAGCCGUCUAGGCACUGGCAUCUCAUGUGCAUGCGGCGUCACUACCAGGGGGGACGAGUGGCGCAGCGGUCUAAGGCACUGCCAUCUCAGUUGCUGAGGCGUCAUACAGACCCGAGCAGGCGCAAGUUUUAGGCAACUGCAUCUCAGUGCAUGAGGCGUCACUUACAGACGAGUGGCGCAAGCCGUCAAGGCCCUGCAACUCAGUGCAUGGCGUCACUAAGACCACUACCAGAACCCCUGGUUCCAUCCCAGGCUGUGUCACGUGACCGGAGUCCCAUAUGGCGGCGCACCAUUGGCCCGGCGUCGUCCGGGUUAGGGUCCGUUGGGGAGUUUCAGCGAUGAGACAAGAUCGUAAUCAUGAAAAAGGGGGUAAAAAUUACAAUUUUUUUUUUUUUUAAGUCAUCAAAUAAAACAUGUCAUAUACACAACUGAAAUAUUUUAAUAAAGUAAUGUGAAUACAUUUUUACAUUUUAGUCAUUUAGCAGAUGCUCUUAUCCAGAGCGACUUACAGUUAAUAAGUGCAUACACAUAUUUUUUUAGAAGUAUUAUUCCCCCGUGGGAGUCGAACACACAACCCUGGCGUUGCAAACGCCAUGCUCUACCAACUGAGCUACAUCCCUGCCGGCCAUUCCCUCCCCUACCCUGGACGACGCCGGGCCAAUUGUGCGCCGCCCCAUGGGUCUCCCGGUCGCGGCCGGCUACGACAGAGCCUGGAUUCGAACCAGGAUCUCUUGUGGCACAGCCUUAGACCACUGCGCCACUCGGGAGGUUAAAUGAUGGUUAAUAAGUGAUAAGCAGUAAUGUGCAGUCACUACCAUCAUGGGACUUUUAUUAAUUGUUUUAUUCUGUGUUACAGCAUUCAACCCAAAUAAUCAAAAUCUGUUAAUUCUUUUAUUUCAGCUUUAAAUUUUUUAUUCAUUUGUAAACAUUUCUACAUAAUUCCACUAUGACGUUAUGGGGUAUUGUGUGUAGGCCAGUGACAAUCUCAAUUUAAUCCAUUUUUAAUUCAGGCUGUAACAACAACAAAAUGUGGAAAAAGUCCAGGGGUGUGAAUACUUUCUGAAGGCACUGUAGAUCAUUGUUAAGGUAUUAAGCAUGUUAAAUCAAAACAUUAUAUUGACUAGAUUCAAUAACUUCAUCUCCCUCCUUAAUCUGUCCAUCAUGUGCUGGUAUGAAGUAGAUGGCCUUAUUUCCUUCCCAUCUCCAUGGCAACUGAGCUCAUGCCUGCCAGCUUGUGUAAUUUCAUAGAGCACUUACUCAGAGGCUUUUAUUCUUGACGGUGUUUCCUGGAAGCAUUGGGAGAGAACGUUCUGUUGUUUGUUUCCCUCAGUGUGCCUUCUUGGUGUGGUGCAUGGCUCCAACUCCCUCUAAUGGUUCCAUACAAAUAUACACGCGGAUCAUCCGCCCCAUCUUCCUCAAGCACGAGACCAAGAUUGACAAUAUAGCAAAGGACCUCAAGGACAAGGCGGCAGAUGCUGCUGACAAGUUCAAAGAUGAAGGUAGGAACACAGGCAUCUGUUUCCUUUUUAAAACCGUCUCUGCCUUUUGCCCUUUGGAUCUCAUCCUUUCCAUUAAAUGUGCAGCAUCUGCUCUUUAAAAGUAGCUGACGGGUGAUGCCUUUAGCUCUAAGAGGUUUGAGUAAUGGGUUCAGACAGUUUAUGGAAAUGUAACGUGUUUUCUUAGUUGCAUAAUUGAGGAACGGUGAACCUGCUACAUUUCCCAUUGACAGAUUUAAAUGGCCAUUGUCGAUAUGUCCAAUUUAGGUCAGCAUCACAUUAAUUGGAAUGCUCUGGUCUUGACCAUUCAUUUCUUUGUCAAAUUGUCUGUGUGACUGCUUCUCUGACAGACAGACGGACACAGACGAUUGUUGAGGUAGGCCUCUUGAUAGGAAGACAGUGUUGUUGGGGUAGGCCUCUUGAUAGGAAGACAGUGUUGUUGAGGUAGGCCUCUUGAUAGGAAGACAGUGUUGUUGAGGUAGGCCUCUUGAUAGGAAGACAGUGGUGUUGGGGUAGGCCUCUUGAUAGGAAGACAGUGUUGUUGGGGUAGGCCUCGUACAUCUAAGUGUAAUGUUUUUGCUCCACAGCGAAGAAAGCGACUGCGAACCUAAUGUGGGAGGAGGGAAUGAAGAAGGACUCCUAAGGCGCCCCGAGGUCAAAGUUAAAAGUUCAACAGCAUCGUCAUCUCUGGAGUGGACUGUGUUACACAGCUCAAUAAAUGUUGCCUUGGAUUUUUUUUAUUGUUUAUUAUUUUAUAAAUUAUCUGAAGGAUAGUAUCUUGGUCUUGCACACUUUGUUUGUAAAAAAAAAAAAAAAAAAAA